GGUUACCUAGCAACAGAGAAUCAUCAAAAAAAUCGUCAAAACCACGCAGAAGAAAAGUGAGGUGAACCGGUGCUAAGGAGAAUUUAGUGAAAACAACGUUAUACUCUGACCGUCAUACGUUAAAUAACCGUCACUGAUGUGAGAGAUGAAUCUCACAGAUCUUUUAGUGAGGUAUAAAAUUACACACACACACGCACACACACACAAUAAAUCAGGUUUUAUACCAGCUACAGUGAUACAGUCGAUCAUGCUGUUCUCAUUGAGCGUUUUAAGAGGUGUCGCUCUAAAUUGGUUUAAAUCAUAUUUUGCAAACAGAAGUUUUUCAGUCAAGAUGGGCGAACAUUACUCGAGUAAUGCUUUUUUGCCCUGUGGUGUUCCUCAGGGUUCUAUUUUGGCUCCUUUGCUCUUUUUUCUCUCUAUAUGCUCCCACUUGGCUCAAUUUUUAGAAAACAAGGUUUAUCAUUUCGCUGCUAUGUGGAUGACACUCAGGUUUAUUUGCCUGUCAAACGAAAUUCUGUGGGUCUUGAAUCACUUAUGGCAUGUUUGGCAGAUGUAAAGGCUUGGCUUUCCUUACAUUUUUUUAAUCUUCAAUGAAAAGAAAACUGAAAUUAUAGUUUUUAGUCCAUCUGAAUUUUCAAAUUCCCCGAAACUAGAUUUGUGAGGGAUGUCUUUGUGUUUCAAAUCAUAGGUAAAAAUCUUGGUUUCAUUUUCAUUGAUGAACAAAAAUAAAUUCAGUCUUCAAGGCUUGCUUAGCUUCAGAAAGCAGACACAGCUGAAAAAAGCCUUUUCUUUCUUUUAAAGAUUUUGAAAAAGUAAUUCACAUUUUGUAUUUCAUCCAGGCUGGACUACUGUAACUGGCUUUAUUUUGAGAUCAGCCAGACAGCUUUAUCCGCUUGCAGCUUGUCCAAAAUGCUGCGGCUCGACUCUUGCGUGGGGUAAAAAAGAAGGAUUUCAUCAACAGAAGCAAUGUCGCAGAGAACGACUUCGAGAGAAACACUGCUUGGACAUAGUGAAGGAACUGAACCACCUUUUCAAUACGAAGCCACCUUCUAUGAAGCAUCUUCAUCCAAAUUUACACAUUCAGCAAACCCUGAGGAAGAGUGUAGAUUUAUACUGCUGGGAGGUGAUGAUGGUGCUAAUAAGGAUGCGUGCAGGAUCAUACUCAGGAAUCAGCAGAACCAACAAAGAACUGAGCUGGAAGAUUGGGAGGUGAAGGAGAACCAUGGCCAUGGAAGACUUGUCACUGUGGCCAUCAGUCCCCCUACUUGGUUGGAGCAUUUGAGAUCAUAUAUAUUUCUUUCCAGAGGAAUCAGAAGUAUUAAAAAUGACAUUAAGAAAUGUUUGUCAGUGGCGUUCCCUGGGCCUAAUGCAUUUCUAUUAGUGAUCAGAGAUGGACGUGACAAUGGAAAAGAACAUUACCUUUUAAAGGCAGUCACUUCAGUGUUUGGGAAACAGGCCUUAGACUACAGCAUGGUGCUGCUCAUUAAAGGCUCUGGACAAAAUCGUUCAGAUCCUCCCUCAAUGAAGUGUGUCAAGAAAUGUGGCCAGAGGCAUCAUGUUCUAGACGACACUGAUAGCAGUGUUCAGAAACUUUUCAGUAAAGUUUUAAGAAUGAUUAGUGACAAUAAAAGGAAGUUCUUUAUUCCACCAGCAUAUGAAAAGUUUAUGGAAACUGAAUUUGAAUCAUGGGAAACGAGAAGAAUUUCAAAAAUGAAUACAUUUCUGGCUGAAUGUCAGGACGAGAAAGACAAAUGUAUUGGAGAACUUAGAAAUGACCUGGAUGCCUCUAGAGAGAGUGAUCUACAAAAGGAGUUGGAUGCCUCAAAAGUGAGAGAAGAUCAACUAAGAAUGGAACUGAACACUAGCCAACAAAGAGAGAAUAAACUAAGAAAUAAAAUGAAAGAUUAUGAAUCUGAGUCCAGUAAACUAAGGAAGGACUCGGAUCCUUCUAUGAGUGAAUUACAAAAGGAGUUGGAUGUCUCUAAAAAGAGUGAGAGUGAAUUACAAAAGGAGUUGGAUGUCUCUAAAAAGAGUGAGAGUGAAUUACAAAAGGAGUUGGAUGUCUCUAAAAAGAGUGAGAGUGAUCUACGAAAGGAGUUGGAUGCUUCCAAAUCCAGCAACUAUGAACUAAAAAGGAAUUGUGAAAUUUUACAAAUAAGAGAGCGUGAACUACAAAAGAAGUUGGAAGCUUCCCAACUAAGAGAAACCAACCUAAUAAAAGAAUUAGAUGAUUUCAGAAGAAACGAGUGUAACCCAGGAAGGUUACUGGAUUCUGCACAACAAGGAGAGAGUGAAGUUAAUAAGGAGGACUGUGGUGUAAAAAAUGACAACACUGAACAAGAACCACAAGCCAGUGGAACCAGGAACCGUAGAGGCAGCAAAGAACUUGAAGUUCCAAACUUUUCCACUGAUCAGACUCAUUAUUAUUUGGGCACAAUGUAAAUGGAUAGAAGAACAGACUUUAAGCUUAAUCCAUCACAAGAGAAGGCUGAUGAAAUCCUGACUGGUUACAUACACAAAGAAAAUCUUUUCUAAAGAAGCACAGUGAAAGUGUGACAGGAGAUUUUUUACCAAAGAAAAAAAUUUGUAUUUAUUAAAGGAUAGAACACCUAAUAGAGCUUCAUUAGUUCUCACAGUAAAUGUACAUCAUGUGAAAAUGCCUCUGAUUCGGUGAGAGUGAAAAGCUGCACACUAACAUGAUAUGUGAAGACAAACGUGACAUGAAUUGCUUUUCAGGAUCAGAAUCAGAUUUAUUGGCCAUGUGUGUUGAUGUUGACACACACAAGGAAUUUGGUUCCAGCUGUUUGUGACUCUCAGAAGUACAGACAUGAAUAACACAAUACUAUACAAAACAAUGCAGAU